AUGAUGUCAGCAGUCGUUAGAAGUCAGCAGUUCGGUCAGUCGACAGAAGUCAGCACGUCGCAAGUGUAUCUGUCGUUCGCCUUUGAUUAUGAUGAGCCAGCCCAUGAAUUCAGCCACACAGUGUUGUACAUGCGGCGCUUAGUGAGUCAUCCACAGUGCAUACCGCACAGACAUACUCCCGCGCCCUCAUAUAAAGACCCCGCAUCCAAGUACACAGCCAGUGCUACACCUGAAUACAUCAAAGGAAGAACAGCGUCAUUCGCAGCUCUCAUACCAACACGGCCACAGCACUCUCUAGUGGUUUCCUUACCUUGUGUAACCUUCCCGGACAUGGAGAGCGCGGAGUGGCUAAACCUUCUGAUCCGCCAGCUGUGGCCGAGCGCGGAGCAGUAUGCAAAUGAGCUGUGCAGAAACACCAUUGGGCCGGCCCUCCGCUCGGCCCUCGAGGUGUACAAGCUCAAGUCCUUCCGCUUCGAGGAGGUCGAGCUCGGCCAGACGCCGCCGAGGUUUACGGGGAUCAAGGUGUACGAUGACCAGGCGCUGCCGGAGGUCGUCAUGGAUGUGGACUGCGAGUAUUUCGGUGACGGCAAGAUCAAGGCGAGUAUAUCGGAUAUGCCAAUCGGGAUCGAAGAUAUGCAGUUGAGUGGGAGGUUACGAAUCGUGAUGAAGCCUUUGGUGAAGGACCUCCCUCUGGUGGGCGGAGUUCACGUUCUGUUCCUUGGCAAGCCGAAGCUCUCGUACAAUCUUACUGGUACUGCCAAUGUCCUGGAUCUGCCUGUAGUCAAGAGCAUCUUGUAUAGGGCGGUGGAGGAGCAGGUUGAGCGGCUGAUGGUGAUGCCCAACAAGCUUCCCAUACAAAUAGUGAAUAGUAUUGACGUGGCUGACUUUAUGUGUCCCGUUCCAAGUGGCGUGGUGCGUCUCCACAUCAUUGAGAACCUCGCGAAAAAGGACAUUGGGAUUCUGAACAUGAACAAGCCCGAUCCUUACUGCAUCAUGCGCAUUGGCUUGCAGAACUUCAAGACGGAGACCUUUAAGAACACGUCGAAUCCGAAGUGGGACGCUUGCAAGGAGUACUUGUGCAGCUCCGACACCAGGUUUGGAAACAAGAUUCACUUCGAAGUCUUCGACCAUGACCGCAUGACCGACGAUGAUUUUAUCUUCAUGACUAAUCUGGACUUCCAAGAAAUUUGGAAAAAUGAAAUCGAUACGUGGCUGCGUCCUACUGAGUCUAAUUCGGGCAGCCUUCACAUCAAAGCCACUUGGUAUGAUCUGAGUGACUCCGCUGAUUCUCUGCAGAUUCAGCUGGAAGAAAUGUGCGCCCUGCAACUGCCGACAAAAAAGCCAUUGCACAGCGCAGUGCUCGUAGUUUGGGUAGACGCCGCCAAGAAUCUCGUAAGUCGACAUCGCUUUAGAAAAAAGAGUGAGCCAGACACAUUCGUGAGGGUCAUCGUCGAUGACGUGAAGAAGGAAUCGACGGUGAGGGAACGCACGAAGGACCCGGUCUACAGGGAGGGCUUCGUGUUCCUGAUCCGGAAUCCGUGGACGCAGAAACUAAGGCUGGAGGUAAUCGACAGAAGACGAACAGAACGUCGUCUAGGCAGAGUGGAGGUGGACCUGAACAGCGUCUUGAAUGAGCCCAAGUUGGAGGUCAGAGGGAAGGAGUUCGACCUCCAGGACAGUGGCGAUGAAGAGGAAAGGGCAACACUCAAGUUAAACAUUAUACUGAGGAUCCUAAAGAAAGCUGCCACAGAGACUAACGAAAGAGUUGCUGUUGAAUGAGACUAAAAUAUUUGAGUUUUUGCAUUUGUUGUUGAUUUACAAACAUGCUUAUUUUUAUCAUAAGCAGUAGAGCGAAAUAAAUUGCAAAAGGAAUAACAGUUACAGAAAAAAUGUAUAUAUCUCUCGAGUUUCAUAUUUACGGGACAGAUGAAGAAAAAUAAGUGGUGAACAAAGUUUUUUUUGCAUGGAUACACUGUUCUUAAUCUCAAGGCUCAAAAUUCUUCUGGUGAUAAACAGACUAUCUGAACCUUAGUUAUUUACGUCAAAAAUUAUAUGAAACUUCAAAUAUAAGCGUCGUGCAGAAGACUUGAAGUACCCAGACCCAUCAGGCUGUUCUUUACGAGAGCAAUCUGUCUUGAAGCAAAGAUUUAUAAUCCCAAAACAAUAGGGCUUGUGGUCAUGACUGCCGUAGCCUCAUUUUGAAAGAUUUUGAAAAUAUUUGUAUGAUUCCUAAGUGGCUAAUGAAUUCUGUUGUCAUUAUUUUGGUCCUUUUUCAAGUAUAUCACAUGUGAUUUUUGUUAUAUAAUUGUUGUAUAGUGAUUCUACAGUGUUAUGUUCUAGUAAAAUAUAUGAAAAAUCAGGAA